AUGGCGGCACCAUCUAACGGUAGCGGUAAUUUGGUGGAAGAAUUCGAAGAAUCUUUUCAGGCAUGUCUUAACGUGCUGACCAAGCAGGAGGCCUCUCCGUGCGUUGAGAAAGAAGAAGUCAAAGUUGAAGUGGAGCGGUUCAUCGACCACGCGCGACAAAUGGAGGCUUUCUUUUUGCAGAAGAGGUUCCUGCUGUCGGCCAUGAAGCCCGAGCUCCUGGUGAAGGAGGAUAACAACGAGCUGAAGUGCGAACUGCAGCGGAAGGAGGAGCUUCUGCGACGACACUAUGACAAAGUCAGCCAGUGGCACAGUCUACUCGCGGACUUGCAGGGUCACACGGUGUACAACAAAUGUCAGCAACAACCACAGCAGCAGACCUCUCAGGCUCCACUUCAGCAGGCCGCUUCGCCCAUGCAACAACCUUGCGCCGUCCAACAGAGCGUUCAGGCCCAACAGAUGGCAGCGGCGGCAGCGGCCCAGCAAGCAGCACUUCAGCAACAAGCGCUACAACAGCAGCAGAUCCAAAACAGCCUUGCUCAAGGCAUGUUCCUGGCUGGUGGUCGCGGGGGCUACGUUGGUGCCGCACUGCAGGGCCCCCUCGCUUACUUGGAAAAGACUGCCACCAAUAUAGACAUGGUUGGUCUGGGCGAUGGGCGCAGGUGA